AUGUUGCGCUUGAGACAUGCUUUCAAUACUAUAAGGAUUAUUCAAAGUAGUCGAUUACUAAGCGAUAGUACACAAUUUGUGGAUACAACAUACAUGGAAAUUCCAAUCUACAAUGUUGAAAAGCCACAGUCAUUAGAAAAAAGAAAGGCGAGACUUCACUAUCAAUCCCGGAAAAGAGGUAUGCUUGAAAAUGAUCUACUUUUAAGCACCUUUGCUAAGAAAUACUUAGAUGGGUUCUCGGAGGAACAAACCAUAUUGUAUGACAGGCUUAUAAAUUCACCAAGCAAUGAUUGGGAUAUUUUCUACUGGAUUGUACAAAAGCAGCCAACUCCAAAGGAAUUUGAUAAUGAAAUUAUGGAUUUACUUAAAAAACAUGCUAAGAAUGAAGACCGUAUUGCUUUGUCACAGCCACCCCUACAUUAG